AUGGUGCUCUCUUUGAUGGUUGCCCUGAUAACGUGCCCAGCUAUGCUAGCGACGUCGGAAGUCAUUCGCCAAAGUCAAGGGAAAGAUAAAAGAGAAGAACAUCGGGCUCGACGCUGCAACCUGGUUGCCACCUGUGUCAAAUCAUCGACACGAAGCCGGGAGAUCGAUAAUCGACAAAUAGUAUUAAGGAAUAAUAAGCUUUAUAUCGACACUGGAUUAUCAAGUUACCAGAAGGACGAUGAACCACCAUUUGGACAUCCGUUUGGAGGCUACUAUCUGCCAUAUCCGGACACGAAGUACGAAGGAUUGGUUUCGACGAUUUGUGAAAGUCCUCCAAUCAUGAAUUGGAUCUAUGUCGAUGGAGCCACCUACGAAGUAAAAUAUGGCGUGCGCAGUGACGCACAACCAAACAUCACAGGCCCAUUUGGCUGCACUCGGCAGGAUCGUCGACUGACUCUCGAAGGAUGGGAAGGGUUUGUGGUGGUAGAGGAAGAGGAUGGCCUGUGGGCGCUCUACUACGAUCGAGACGAUGACGGCUUGAAAUCCAAGAUUGCACCAGGGAAGAGAGUACUGGAGGUAGAACUGUGGAGAAGGGAGAAGCGAUGGAAGAAAGAUCCAGUAGCAAGGCAAGCAGAGCAGGCCAAACAAACUAGUUGA